UCACUGACCAUGGGUUUAUAGGCGAGGUAGCCAGAGAAGGUGCUUAGAUUUUCAUGAAAGGCAUCUUGAUCAUCACCGCUUCACGAUCCCUUGGUGUUAACUUUUAGGCAUUAAUGAAAGAUUAAUUCAUUGAACUGGCUGGGUGAAUGUGACCUUGCGCGUUUAGGAAUACAAAGGAGAGCUCGUUGUCCAAUCACAUCUUGAAGAGCAGAAUACUUAUGAAUAUUAAUUAUUGUGGGUUCUGGGUAACCAAUGGACCCUCUGAAAAACCCGGGCAUGCUAAUGUACAAUUGACAGCUACGGAAUUGGAAUCCAGCAACAUCAUUGAGCGAGCAGUAGGUAUGGGUUCGGUUCUGCAUACAAUGGUUCGCAGCUGUAUCUAUAGUUUACUGUCGCUACUUCGCUUUAAAACAUGUAUAUCAAACCAAAGAGUAAAGUCACUUUGAAAUUAAAUAUGCAGACAAUUUAGCCUCACUUGGAUACUAGUAGGAAGGAACGGCCAACGGCUGAGAAACGAUCAGAGAGCCAAAGAGUAAGCACUCAGCCACUCUCUGAGCAAGGGAGAACGAUGUACCGAGCGUUUUCUUUCCCAAUGACAGCGGAGCGCAGUCGGAAUAAGGAGCGCCUUGAGGCGAGUUUGGCCGGUCUGUGUGAGUUGGAGCUGCUGAAACAGAGGCAGGAAUGCCUGGUGCUCAGUGCCCUCUCCCUCGGGGACUCUGUCCCAGGACGCCCGGCAUGGGGCGAUGUACAGCCGGCCUGGCCCGUUCCGGAGACAACCAACUGUGCGUCAGACGACUUUAGUUAUAGGCGCCAUACGAGCAGUCUACAGUGUACUCCAUGUGGUCUGAUGGCAUCUCUGGAGCAGCAGGUUGGGGAGCUGAGGAUGGAUACAGAGGAUAAUGUGGUGGAGGCCUCUACUGAGCUGAUGGACAUUCGGCCCAGCUCAGGUGAAUUCUUUGUGGCCAAUCGGGAAGGACAGCCAGAAUCCGGGUCCCGCCCCACAGUCCCCCUCUCCUUCUCGGCCCCCUACCCCUCCCUGGAAGGCAUCGCCGAGGGGGCCGGCGAGGGGGAAGACAAGGCCUGGGCCUGGGACCACAGCUCAGGGCCAGGAGGAGGGCUGGAUGUGGAGGGGGAGCCCACGGAGGAGGACUACCGUCAGGCCCAGCGUGUUGAGACAUAUAUCCUGAGCCUGAUCCAGCGGCGUGCCCUGUCCCCUCGGCCCUGCAAGCCCCGCACCGCCAUCACCGUGGCCCGCCAGAGCAGCCUCUGCCGCAAGGACCCCCUGCCUCCACCACCCGCUGCCUCCAUCCCUGAGCACCACCCCCACCACCACCAAGCCGCUGGUCCCCCUCCCUCCGAGGGUCCCCCUGCAUCCUGGGCCUGCCACAGCCUGGACCAGGAGCCAUACGCAUGCAUUGCCUUGCUCCCCAAUGACUCCCCUCUCCACCAUCACCACCCUCACCCUCACUACCCCCAACCAAGGCCCAGACAGCCCUUGGCCAACACCCGCUCUGCCUCCCUGGACUCCCCCUGCAGCAUACCUCCAUCCCAGGGCCCAAGCAGCCACGAGCCCGACUCACCCCAUCCCUACCACCACGGCUACCCGGCCCCUCCCCCGCCCCGUUCGCCUCCCUCGCCUGACGAGCAGCUGGUCAACGCCCAGUACAUCCCUGCCCAACCUCUCCGGGCCCCCACCGCCAGGGCCUCCGCACACUCCCACUCCCACAGGGGGGCCCCUGGGGGACCCAAACCCAGCCGGGGUGCCUAUUCUCCAGAGAGGGGUUCUCAACAGCAGCCGGCCCCACAGCAGCUGCAGCAAGCCAAGUCUAAAGCCGCCCCCAAGAAGUGUCGCUUUAGCGAGGAGAGGGAAAGGGAGAGGGACAAGGAGAGGGAGAGAGACAGAGAGAGAGAGCGGGAGCGGCCAGUAGGCUCCAAGAAGCCUGGAAGACGAGCCUGCAGGUCCCAGUCUGAGAACAGCCUCAAUGGGCCGGGCGUCCCUGAACGCAAGUACAGCACGGUGGAGAGAGACGGGGGAGGAUCAGGGUCAGGAAGCGGCCGUGGAAGCCAGUCCAAGGGGAAGAGGCCCCAGUCGGGCAGCACAGGCUACCGCCGCUGGCGCUCCACCCUUGAGCUCAGCCAGGAUGAAGCUGAGCAGCCUCCACAGCCGCCCCCAGCUGACCAGGGCUCCAGGCGCACCCGCAAACCCCGGCCUCCUCCUCCACCUUAUGCCUACAUCAACCCACACCCGCAUCAUCACCCACAUCUGGAGUACCUGGACCGAGAGCUCGCAACCCUGUGUCGGCCCGAGGAGCGCUACCCCCACCCUGGGCAGGGCGAGUCCGAGUCGAGCCUGAGUGAAGACUCGCCGGCCUCCAGCUCGCUGUCAAGUGACUCAGACGAGAGCGGAGGUCUGGUGUGGCCCCAGCAGCUCCCCCCUCAGCUCUCCUCCCCCCUGACGGCCACCGCUCCAGCUGGGGCCCCCCUGCAGCCCAAAGCCUUCGUCAAGAUCAAGGCCUCCCACGCGCUCAAGAAGAAGAUCCUGCGCUUCCGCACGGGCUCCCUCAAAGUCAUGACCACCGUUUAGAGUGCCGCACAGGACCCGUGCUUAGUAGUUGGGGGUUAAGACAAUUUAGUGUCUCUCUCUAUAUGCACCUGGUUUCCUUUGAGGAGAAGCGCCGUCUGUUUUGAAGAGCCACAAGAACAGAAGACAGCAAAUUUAACUCACUGCACUGCCUAACUGUACAUGCAUACAUAGACUCUUUGGCUUUCAAUGCAUCCUUCACAGGCCUCAGAUCUGCCAUAAACCCUCCUGAACAAGCAAACAGAGCUGAGCCUGAGCUCUAAACUAUGAUCCCAGAGCUGUGAAGCUUUCGGCUAUUGCUUGAACCCAGGCAGGUGGGGUCUAAGACAAGAUAAUAUGCUAUGGGGCUUGAGUUGGCCUUAUUCCCCUUUCCCUCCCCCUGACAGAGAGUACUGUGAGCAUGAUAUGUCCCGUCUUGUGACUCAGCAUCAACGUGUCUGUAGUCUAGGUUGCGUUCCAGGCCACACUACUUUGCAGACAUUGUAUCAACCAAUGGAUACAUGCCAUUUUAUUAACUGCAUAACACAGUUGGGUAUCAGACUGCUAAAUCAUAUGUGGUUAGCUGAUACGUUAAACACCUAACUAGCUGUGAAAUCUGACGUUGUCAUAUCUGGCAGGUGUAUGCAAUGUAGCCUGGAACGCUGCCCUCCUCUGCACAUGACCACCUGUGUGGUGUGAUUUACUCACUCCUGUAUUUAUGAAUGUAUUCUGUAAAUAAAAUGAGCUGGGACCAUAGAACCUUAAGGGGACCACAGAGGUCUUGUCUCUCGA